AUGAAGUUUCUUUCAACGCUCAAUGUCUGCAAGGUUUACAAGAUUCAGAAACUCCCACCCGAAGCUUCGCUCGAUCGGCUUGUCUACGUCAUUCCACCAAACAGACGCUCCCUCGAGGUCAUAAUCGAGCAUACUGAGGUUGAUAAGCAGAAUAGGAUCAAACGUACUCGACUUGUGGCGUUUGUUCCUAAACAGGUUGGUCGGAAGUUUUCAUUCACCUUAAAUACGAUUUUUCUCAUCUGGAUGCAAAGGGACACUAGACUGUCAUGCAGGGACUUGAAUACCAGACCAUUCCUCUGAAACCAGUUAGUUGUCGGUUAGGUCUGUGGUUUAACUCAAUUUUGAGGAAGACUGUAAGCAUCCGACCCCGGGGCCCUGCUACCGGUCGCUAACCCACUUUGUUCCUCGUAGCGCUCCAAACCCUCUUGUGUUCGCUCUGUUGACUCUUCCUGUGGAAAUCAAUGGAAUCGAACGAUGUAGAUGCGGGAAGCACUAGGCACUUCCGCCACAGUAACAUGCUAACACUGAUCGGACUCUGAAUUAUAACAUUACAUGUUACUAGUUGAUUUUGUGAAAUAAUAUUUUAAUUAUCAACGUCAAAAAUUGAAUACAGUAAAAGAUCCUGGCGUGCCAUCUAAUGAUUUUACCGAAAGUAAUUUCAUAAGAUUGGUUGCAGACGUCAAAAGCGGUAUCAUGCCAUAACUAAUACCAUUGCUUUCAAAACACGUUUAUCCCCUGGAAACACACCCCACCUAUGAACUUUUUCUGGAGUGUCCUAUUGCCUGCCACUCCGUAAUGAUUUGUCAAAGAAGUUAAACAGCAUGUUGCCUCGGUAGGCUGCCGCAUCUUGUCAUACACGCUGUCUCCUGAUAAUGUCAAAAUACGGAGAGUUCUAGUGACGUAUUUUGGUUUCUGUCACCUUUGGAACCAAUGACUAUGAGGGGGGUUUAGACUGUCCACGUUCAGUCAUUUCUUAUAUACGGAUCGUAGAUCUGGGAAGGCGUUCCGAGGCCGGCUUUCCUCGAUGGCAUGCUUUAAUACGGCUGUGCAUGCGAACUAUUUAAACGGAGUCAACCAUACCCAGUCAUUUCGACGGGAUUCCUUAGGCAGCUUUACACAGAGUCGGUUGGCCAAGCAACUAAUUCUAGCAGACUAUUGUGUAUCCUUCUACGGCGCAGGUCCAACCAUCCAAUUAUAACUUGUUUCAAUCACGUCCCGAAGGUGAAAAGGGAGUAGUGUAUUGUAUACCAAGGAGCCUUUCAAGUUAUUUCCUUACUAAAACAGUAUUCUCAGUCCAUUGGUCAUGUCGCCAACCAGAACUGUUAGCCAAACACAGUGGCUAUUCCGAGGGUUUUAUUUCGUAACAUUCCGGGCCUUUCGUCUAUUUUUGUACACUCUCCUCUUGCUUUGAUGAUCUAAGCGCUGCAGAUUUUGCUUGGGGCAGCGGACAGAAUAAUCAUGCUCUAUACCAAGUUAGGGAGCUCUAAAUCCUGGCGAAUCAGACGUCAAAAUUCCACCUUUCAGUUGUGUAACAGAGAGAGAGAGAGAGAGAGAGAGGAAUUCACUUUAUUUUUAAAUUAUAAAUUCAAAAUUUUCAGCGAAAAUUGGCUUUAUUCACUAAUUUAGAUUGAUCCGAACUAGAAUUCUAGAUCUGUCUUUUAAUCAACGACUUGGUAAAAGGUUGAAGUGACCUAAAAGUUUCCUCUUUUACCUAUUUUCAAGCUCAUGACAAUUUUUUUGAACUAGAAUCUCUAGUGUGUCAUGUAUAUUAUGUGAAAAUGUUAGGCAAUUCUGAUGUUUAACGUGAUUUUUUGAGUUAAAGUUUUCAGGUUACCUCUCUUACUCCUCCGGCCCUUUAUCUAUGAAUACACACAAUCAGUUCAGUAGAUUAUCAGCAUCUUCGAUCGAUUUAUGAUUUUAGAAUACUUCGAAGCCUUCCGGUUAGAUUCAUAUUUUUCUGCACAGAAGAUUGCUCAGUUUCAUUUUUACAAAAUUUACUUUUGCAGUGAAACCUGCGUUGAAUUACUACCUUGGCUUAACUCAUUGGCCUUAAAAUCGGGAAGACUUGAUUCCCUAGAAAUUAUAUCCAUCCAGUGAUGAUAAUUUAUUGUAGACGUCCGCCGAUCGAAAAUUUCAAUUAGAAUAAGCCGUACAAAAUGCGUCCCAAAUGGAUCGACGCAUGGUGUAAAAGCUCAUAGUGCUGUUUGACUUUUCGGUGUCCUUUUCAGUCACCACAUCUACCCAAUUCAGAACUGUUCACGACACAACGCCCUUAGAACUCCGUCGUAGAUCAUGAAGUUGCGAAUUAACCCAACAUUAGUCGUUUAAGAAAUGUACAUUCCAUAUUCGCUGUAACCACAACACUUUCUGUGCGCAGUCGAGUUUCAGGGAGUUUCGUGAACUCCUUUCUACUCGCGGAUACCUAAGUCAAAUGACUUUUUAGUUUUCCACAUUCUCUCUUGAGAUGCCAGGGCAUAGGGACCGUUUUAUAUGAUUGUUUUAUGCUGGCCUUUUAUACACUUUCUGUUUCCGGCAACUACAGACGGUAGCAGUGCAGUAUUUAUUGGAAUCGCGAGGUCUUCUUGGCGGUGACCUACAGACUGCUGGUCUUUCCUUUGGAUGGAUUCCACUUGAAAGUGACCUAUUCUCACUGAAUCUCCCCGAAUUGUACACGGAGUACUUCCUGCAUGGUGACACUUCAUGGACAUACCACUUCGGUCAAAUGCUGGGCCAGCUACUACAGGAGGUUCUCGGACCAGGCGAAUCCUUAGAAGAUGUUAAUGUGAGCCUACAACGCCUACGAUUAUGUCAUACAACGAUUCUUCCAACGUAAUUUCUUGGCAUUAAGUGGGCCCAUAAAUAAGUUUUAACUACCUCUGAUGCCAAUUCUGAAACGUGUUAUACCGCAAGAAGUGACUUCCGAGUGGAUUAUGCAAACAAUUACAUUCCGACCAGACUCUUCUUGAAAUUUUGAACAUCCACCUCCGGAAAGUAGUAGGGCUCCAGAUUCAAACAGAUUAUUUUAUCAGCCUAUUGUACUAGGGCACCUGGAGGGUCUUACUAGUUUUUGAGAGCCACUUUGCGGAAAGUUUUGUAGUCUGCAUGUUUCCAAGCCGUUGGGUUGAUCGCCUGCUGUUGAAUGAUUUUGCCUUUCAUUGCAUGUUAUAAUUGGAUCUUGUAAACGAUCUAAAUCCAUGGGAGGCAGGGUUGCCGUUAUUGUGCUAGCCCAUGCUUGGUUGUUUCCAAACACUUUCACACUGUCCCACGGACUAAGAGCGUCUUAGGGUUCUUCAGUAUAAGAAAAACGGCGCAAGUGGAAGAACGUCCUUCACUGUACGUCAGCGCACAGUUAUAAUCGCUGGCAAAACGGUUAUUUCGGAGGCAUAUGUAACACCAUAAGGCCGAAUACAUCAUGACGGACGCUAUGAAAAGGAGGCAUCGAAAAUAUUUAAGGCAUUUCCUGCUCAAGAUCCCAUCUGCCUUUGAUAUGCUUAGUUACUUGGAAAUAAGAUGUGGUGCCUUGCUUAAUUUCCGAGGAAAUUAAUGCGCGAACUUGGAGUAACUCUUUCGAAACAGGCCUUUUCAGGCACGGUCCGAAAUUUGAUAUGAAUAUUUGAGCUGAAAUCCAUCAGCUACUGCGGAAUAACCGCUUAAUAUUCACAAACCGCCAACAGGCAGCCAGUAGUAUAGCAUUGCGCAAUAAUUUACCGUACUAACAACUAAUACCUGUGUUGUUAGUACGGUAAAUUAUUGCGCAAUGCUAUACUACUGGCUGCCUGUUGGCGGUUUGUGAAUAUUAAGCGGUUAUUCCGCAGUAGCUGAUGGAUUUCAGCUCAAAUAUUUAUAUCAAAUUUCGGACCGUGCCUGAAAAGGCCUGUUUCGAAAGAGUUACUCCAAGUUCGCGCAUUAAUUUCCUCGGAAAUUAAGCAAGGCAAGUUGAAACUGGAGUUCAUAUACCAGAAAACACACGGGGAAAGCUGGGGGACCCACUGACGAGCCGAACCCCUCGCAACUGCGUCAGGCAGCGGCACAAGAUCGGCGAAACACGCGUGUCUGGGCUUAGCUAAUACCUGUGUUGUUAGUACGGUAAAUUAUUGCGCAAUGCUAUAAGAUGUGGUAUUUUAAUUUCCCUUUGACUCAUGAGUGUUUUUAAGCUUUAAAGUCAUUUAACAGUUGGAUACUGUUUGUUAGAAUAUUCGUGGGACUGGAUUCACUUCUUGUCUCGCGUUCAAAUUUUGAUUUUUUUACUUAACCUGUUUUUCUAGCUGUACGCUUUGGGGAGUGCUGCGCAGGCUACCGCAGCUGGUUUAAAGUCUUUCCUACUGAGUUCAGGCAAGACGCCUCCGCCCCGACCGUCAAAAGACGACGGUGAAAAACGCGUGGUACAGAGGCCGCUGGUCCUCCUUUUCAGUCGCAGUGAGUCCGCUGUGCGUCUUUAUUCUCCAUUUGUAAAAUCGCAACUAUAUCCUGUACUCCAUUCAAGUAUUUGCCCUGUUCCAUUUAUUUAGAUCUUGACUACAUCACGCCUUUCAUUGUGCCGAUGACCUUUGAGGCCCUGAUUCACGAGGCUAUCGGAAUUGAUAACGGCAAGUUUUGAGACGAAAACAUAUUGCCUCAGAUGUGCACUUGUCGCUUUUUGCGUUCCGAACUGCACCCCUACACUUGACAGUCGUUUAUUCCCGUGGCAUUCACACAGUCCAUUAGCACUCAAACGCCACCUAAAUUGCUGUUUCUCUAACUUCGACUACUCCGUGGUUCCUGGAGUCAUCUUUUCCCACCGACCCGCCUUCUUGGUUUUGUUGUUAAUGCCUUCCAUAUUAGCUAGGAGCCGCAUUACAGUUAGUAAGCAACCGUAAACGGAAAACUCACACAGGACUGAGCAGCCACAUGAUUUGUCAACGAAACCCCUUUUGUAAAUCCCAUAAAACUUUUAGCUUUCAGUCCCUGAUCAUCCCCCCUUUGCUUACAUUUUCAGGUGUCGUCUGUUUACCCAACGUUCGUAAGGAGGAUUGUGUGCCGCCGAAAAUCUUCCUCAGCUGUGCUUCACUACCCAGCUUUAAGGUACGUGGCUAUACAUCCCUUCACUUCUACAGCGACGUUUCGCGUCUAGCAUCACUCAAUGUCUUGAAAAAUUUGCACAAUUUUGGUGAUUUUCGCCGGAUGACAAUCCGCGAAAAGAGGAGGUCCUGGGAGGCAGCCAUGAAAGGACCUAUUCCACCGCUCCAACGGGAACUCCGUCUGCCUGACUUUUUGACUUAACUUUUAGACCUACCUCUCAGAGACAGUAGACAUGGGUAGCCGGUGUAAGGGGCCGCAGUCGUUAUGCUACGUCAUGCUUGUUACAAUUAGCGGUCGAGGCGGUAUUGUAGCGGUUGGAGUCAUUGGUCCUGAAUUCUGGGCCCGGUUUUAAAAUAAUGCCUCUGUCGCCAACGGACGAGAUCUUGUGUUGGCACUUAAAGGACACCUUAACGCCGCCUUCUGGGACCUACGGUUUACGGCGGAGGAUGAAGAGAACAGUCGUCGCGUCUUCCUUAAAAUGCGAUCCUAUUGGACAGCUUAUAACGAUGUAAAACCAGGGUUUAGGAAAGCGGCACGUACGAUGCAACAGCAACCAUCCGACCGGCCGUAAACGCAGUUGCUUAAGACUGCCCUGUCAGCGCGAUGAGACGCUCUGAAGUGAACCGCAAUCCACGGUUGGUGAAAUCAAAUAUCAUCCACAGGUUCAUACAGUCAAUGGCUUUCCGGGGAACGUUACCAACCUCAAGGAAGAAGAGAGAAAGGACCAAGCCGCACUGCACCCACAUGUUGGUGAACUCUCUUAAAUGUGAUUGACUCCUCUUGAUCCAUCAACUACCUUUUCACAUUACUCAAAGUUGCGGCUGUACACGGACCAAAGGCAGCCAUCAGGCGCCAAGGACUGAGGUCGAAAGACGAUCCGUCGCGGUAGUGAAUGCAUAAAGCAGUUUACUAUGGUACACUUAAGGAAAAAGCAAAUACAUCUGAAAAAUAGGGAGAUUACUCAGAAUGUAGAUGGCCAAAAGCACGUCAGCUCUCAAGCCACGUCUUAACUGACAGAAACCGAUCACAGCUCUAAGUUUGGCGGGCCCGAAAUUCCUAUGAGAGACGGUGACUGCAUGGAUCGCGAGCUGCCCGAAUCAUGGUUUUCCGGCUCACAACAUCUACAUUUAAUUAAUAAUGCAUCGUUUAUGCAUCCACCCACCCUUAUCUGUUGAUGUCCGUGGUGUUUGCAUCGAAAGUGGGUCCGAAACAUCAAACGAACACAAUUAUUGUUCCAACAGUGUGGCAGUCCAUACCACCAGGAUCAGUCUGUUUCGUUCCCUCUGUCUUUAACUAUUAUUUAAUACUUUUCAGACCAUUCCCGCACAUAUUUUUGCACCUAUGCUACGUUGCCUUAACGUGUGCCUGAUGUUGGUCCCUACGGACUCUGUCUAUCGUCUCCAGCUGUAUUUUUUGCUCUGUCCUUCCUCUGUACUCAUCAGCACUACCACGUUUCCCUACGCUGUCUGAUUUUCGCCUUAGGAAGUCCGCGAUGCCCACAUCUCGACUGUGCACAACUGGCUGCGAGGUCGCAAAGCGAAUUUGGACGACUCCCGGACGGGUGUCAGCUUCAGCCUCACGGCCAUGGGUAGUAACUUUGGCGAGGUACCCGGUACCUCGGGUGGACAGGGUAGAGGCUCCACAGUUCCCGGGGCACCGAGCACCACCAGCCUCUCUGAUCUGCACUCUCAGCUCAAACCGGUUCUGGCGUUGAGAAAGGAACUAACCACUCUCUUCGUGUGCCUGGAGGAGGCCAGUACAUAUAUUUUCUCAACUUCCAUUUUCACCACUCUGUCCUUUUAGGUUCACUAACUUAACCACCCAGCUCUGAAGCUUUCUGCUCCGGGUUCCUCUUUUGAUAUGAAAAUUUGCUCGCAUUAAAAACCAAUUUUCUCUGAAUAGGGGGCGAGUCUAUUCAGUUUUAACUCGGUAUGAUCUAGUUGACGCGCGUUUAAACUGUUACAGUUUCCUACUGUCCGUGACUUGAAGGUUGUAGACAGAAGGCCACUUGGUCCUUGUGGACCGACAGUCAUACUCGGAUGAUUUCUUAGUAUACCAUAUGUGGUCACCCAUCUGACAAUGACACUGUCGGUUUGCAAUGCUUUUUUCGGUUGGGUACAAGAGAACUACCUGCGUGGCACGCAUAGAUGUGAGCACAAUGUCCAGUCAGUCACUGCAUCCCAUAUCGUCUCUAGAACAGCGGGUUGUCAUUUCAGGCCUCCAGCACUAGUCCUCAGGUAACCUGUGCGGUGUCAAGAGCAGGUGAUGAACCACCGUGGACCUUUAUUUCUCUCCUGCGUGUGGGCAACAGUCAAUUAAAGACGAGACAAAGGUCAACCUGCCACCCUUCCUUGCUUUAGCUAAUACGCUAAUUUUAUCUUUUCAGGUUAUGCGGAAGAUGACCAAGGAGGAGAGGGUGGAGGAUCUGAUAAGUGCUCAGGUGGCAAUUCUUCAGUCGGGCAGUGGCGGUGCACUAGCUGUGCCCUCUGGUCGUGA